UUUUGAUUGGCACUUCGUUAAUUGUUUUUUAUGUCAUUAUGUUAUGACAUGAAUGUUGGCGGAGAGAAAUAUUUUUAUGAAAUAUCCAAAUGCUGAAGGAAACGCUUACAUUCUAUUUGUAUAUAAAAGGUGCGUUAAUCCGAAUCAUUGUGCGAUGUUAUUUGCUUACCCAUGAGACGAAUAGAAAGGCGCGUCAACAGUAAAAGGGAAACAUGUACAAAUAUAACGUUGCAGUAUUGCUAAUAUCGACAUAUAACAUAAUCUUUGCUGCCAGCCACGUAAUCUUUUGUAACGUACCUCCUAUGCAGUUUGUAAUCGAGUAUCCACUUAUUGCUGAAGCCGUGCCGACAGCACAACCGACGCCUUUGGGUAUUGGUCGCCAACUCAAUAGUCCAGAAAGUGGCAACGGCAAUAUUACAGAGAUUUUUGGACACUUGCACACAAAUUGGCCUAUUAACGAUUCAGUAAUUAUAUUAUGGACAGCAGCGGAGGUCGACUGGAAGUACCUGCCUACAAAUGUUUUCGAAGAUAUCAAUCAUCAGUUAAAGUAUUACUAUGUGUUGCUUCAGCGUAAGGGCUACUCGCUAUAUAAAGUCGUGAAAAAAGCGUUAUUACCAAGCAAGCCAAUCAAAACCGGCUAUAAUGUGAUCUUUAAGCCAAUUAGCAAUUUUUCAAUCAAUGUUGGAUUCACAUUCAAUCUUGGGGCAAGUGGAAAUUUAAAUUUUUUUUGAUUACUCGCCUAUGCAUUUAUGUGAGAAAAUCAGCGCAAAAUAUAAUAAAAUAUGAAUAAAAUAAAAAAAUAUACAUGA